AUGGAGCCGCUGAUAGAGCCGUCAGGUCGUGAUGAGGAGGAAGCUUCCAUCGGCCACGAUGAAGAAUACCAGCUUCUUCCUAUGAGUGUGCGCAGAGAUCGCGCCCCUUACAACCUUCGAGUGGAUAACGACGAUGAAGCGCCGUUGCUGCCAGAUUUCAUGCGCGCGAUCCUCCCUCGGGCUCUGCAGAAUAUCCUCCAGGCCGUGAAUCGGUGGGUGCGAGGACCUCGUCGCCCUGAGAAACAGCAUAUUACGCCACUCCCAUUGACGCCGCCGCCAUGGUUACAGGACAAGCUGAGCAUCAAGCGGCAGGUUGUUUUUGUGACUGCGACGUUUCUGGCAUGGGCUAUCUUCUUUUUCACUGUGGUGUGGCGAUGGUCUCUACUGCCUGACCUCCCCGGCUACGGCCAGCCUCGUUCGAUCCGGUGUAUGCAACAAGCUUGGUCAAUCAACGACAACUGCGGUCUUGACGGGAUAGACUGCCGUCCCUUUGCCAACAUAACUUUUGCGUUUCAAUGCUCCCCUGGCUGUGCGACCCAACAAGUCUGGAACCCUCAUACAGUGGGUGACCAAGAACUUGUCUACCAGCAGAUGGUUGUCGGAGGCGGCUCACUUGAGUCUUCGUCUUCAUUGAUCUACCGCGCCGACUCAAGCAUCUGCCAGGCGGCGAUUCAUGCAGGCGUGCUUACCGAAAGUCGCGGAGGCCCUGUCGUCCUGAGACUAGUAGGUGAGCACACUGGGUUCCAAGCUGUCGACCGUAAUGGAAUUCAUUCUGUUGGCUUUGAUGCCGGCUUCCCCAAGGCUUUUGCAUUUGUAUCCUUGGGCAGCACCGAAACACGAGGAUUCGACAUUCGUUGGCCAAUGCUCUUCUUCUCAGUGCUCAUUACGACUCUCAUCUCCAUCUUCACAAGAUCUACUGCUGCCUUCUUCACGCCAAUAUUUACAAUAUUGUUCAUGCACGUUAGCUUUGUCUCGGACAGGCCGGAAUUACCCUCCCUUCCAGAAUUGUUGUCUGUCUCCGCGGAACGAUUCUUACCAGCAUCGUGCGCUGCAUUCUUGAUCUAUUUGCUCUGUGUUCGUCGGCAAUUGUCGGACCUGACCUCUCAAGCCGACAAGACCGUUCUGUGGCUAGGAGCGGCAUGGUUUGGGGCGCUCGAAAACUACACCCUGGAUCACCUCCCGAUUCGACGACUUACUCCGAGCGAUCUACGUUCACAGCCAGGCGCUGUCCUUGCACUUACAACUAUAGUGGUCCUCAUCUUGUUCAUCGCCAUUGGCCAGAUAUAUUACCUCCGCCGUGAGGGUCGUCUCAUCCGAUACCUAAAAGUGUACGCCCUUCUUGCUGGCAUCCUGAUCGGUGCUGCGGCCAUUCCAUCCGUUCGCUUACGCAUUCAUCACUACAUUUUGGCUCUGCUACUGCUCCCUGGAACAGCUAUUCAGACACGACCCAGCCUGCUAUACCAAGGCCUUCUCGUGGGACUUUUCAUCAAUGGAGUCGCACGCUGGGGAUUCGCAUCAAUCUUACAAACGGACGCCGCACUCCGUGAUGCCGAUGGACCCUAUGGAUCUCCUUUUCCGAAUGUCACAGCGGUCGUGACUUCAGCCUCGGCCGUGGAUUUUCAUUGGACUUGGCCCCCAGAACCAUACCAAGGACUGAGCGUGCUGGUCAACGACGUGGAGCGAUACAGGUGGUCCACCGAUACUGCCGAACUGAAUUACACCUGGACCAAUAGUCCCGCACGACACAGUAGAAGCUAUUUUCGCUUCGCGUAUGUGAGCGAUGGCCAUGCUGUCGAUUAUACUAGAGCUGGAAUCUGGGAGUUGGAUGGCACGUGGAACACAACUCUCUGGGAUCUUUGA